UUUGGUGCCAAGCACAACUGGCGGAUGGGUCCACACAGACUGAACAUUGUCAAGAAAGGUGGAUUCAUUGGCGAUGCAUACGAGGACGAAGCAGAAGACCGAGUGUUCUUCCCUUAG